AUGGCGACUGCCGAGAACGGCGCGGCUCCCGCGCUGGGAACAGUGCCGGCUGAACUGAUGAAUCUCGUCCCUCCUACCGAGAAGAUCGGCGAAGUUGGUCGCAUCUCCCAUCCUUACGACAGCAUCUACUUCACAUGCCCCCCUGAGCGCAAGUACAUCCUCUCCAAGGCCCACGAUGAGGCCGACGGGAUUGUGUACAAGCCCCGCCCCCUCUCGCUUGACGGGCAUGGGCUCCAGCCAUUCUCACAGGGAGCACUCGGCUUCCACAGCAACGAGGAAAUCUGGCACAAGGCAAACGAAUAUCGACAGUGUCAUCCGCUGGAGGCGGCUCAGGUCAGGACGGAUCCGCAAACCUACGAGGAUCUGUACGACUACUUUGAUGGUUACGACCUGUAUUUCCUGGGUGUCCACAACGCCCUGAACGUCAUCAAGGCACUUGUCCAGCAAAACAAGCUCCUUGACCCGUUCAUCCAGCAGGACAAGAGGAAGGAGAUGAACGAGUUCCUCGACGAGUGGAUGGCUGCCGACCCCGAGGCCGAGAAGCGCCUGCUCUCGUGGGACUGGGAGGUCGACCCGUCCGCGCGCGCGGUCCUGGAUGGCAGCGACAUGGUCGCAAAGCUGGGCCACAUGGAAGAGGAAGACAAGUUGCUCUUCUCGACGCUCAUCGCCAGCCGCUGCGAACAGGCCCAGCUCGCACGCGAAGCCCUGCGCCCAAUGGUAGUCGAUGGAUCGAGCGACGGCAGUCUUGGAGCUGAUAGGAUGCUCUGUCACGACGGCGACUCGGGUGAGUUCAGCGACCAACCAUCAUUGCUUGUUGUGCCUGGUCGGGAGGUUGUUCAGCAUAUGCCCUCAUACUUUGCUAAUGUGCGAAACCUAGCCAAUGCAGGCGCGCCGAUCCCCUUACCUGAUGGCACUGCUGGCCCACUCCCCUCGGCGCCUUUCGGGGCUCAGAUGCCCAUGAUGGCCACCGCUCAGAUGCCCAUUGUGCCUACCGCUGAGAUGCACAUGAUGCCCGCCGUCGAGGCGCCCAUGGCCACCACCGCCACGUCGGUGAGUGCUCCAAAAUACGCCUUCAAUGGCAAAAUGUCGACCAAGCUCUCCCGACCGGCCCAAUCGAGCCAGAAUAACCUGUCGACCGACUGCAAGCAUCCAUCGGCUGCAUCCAUCUCGCCCCAGCGGCUCCGGAUGAAACUCAGACUCAGACCUGGAAACACACAGAUGGCACAUGGACCCAGUAUCGGCAGACCAGAGUUCGGCUAUCACGGCGGCCAUCACCCCGAGGCCACGCCCACCAAGCCUCCUCGACAUGGACCGAUGCAGGGCCCCCAGGGGCAGAUGCUGGGCGGCCCCUUCUACGGCCAGGGUCACGUCGGCUUCAACAACCAGGACCUCAACAACCGGGCUUGGAUGCCACAUGGCCGCCUCCCUCAGCCUGGGGUUCUCCAGCAGCCUGUUGGCCACCAGGGCGGAACUGGCCGGGAAUUCUCGACUGCCAGCAUGCCGAUGCCCGCCCCUUCACCCAACCAGGGCCUACAGACCAUUGGCUGCCACGGAGACGUCCACUUGAGGACCGCGCCCAACUACCAGCAGGCCAGCCCGCCUCGUUUCCAGAUGCCCGGUCAGCUCCAACAGGUCAGCCCGCCUCGUUUCCAGAUGCCUGAUCAGCUCCAGCAGGCCAGUCCUCCUCAUGGCCGCGUGCCUGGUCACCCUCAACAGACUCCGAGCACCCGUUUCACGGACUCGCAGCGUAGAGCUUCUGGCUCCGGACCGUCCACCAAGAACUGCCCUCCCGGGAACGGAGCUGGAUGGGCCCUCAGCGAGCAGCAGGAUUCCAUCCAUGGACAGAAGUUUGUGUACAACAAGACCAACACCAGCGACGGCCCCAAGAAUCGCCGGAACAACACACUGGGCAACCAAAGCCUCAGCAACCGCAAGCAACAGGCCGGGAACGAUAAGCCGGCGGCGGCGGCGGCUGCUACAGCGCACCAGGACACCAAGCACCCCAACAAGAAUGGCGGUGGGAAUGGCUACGUCAGGCCGCCGCCGCCGACAAAGGAGACGUGCCGCAACUGGGAUCGAUCCAACAGGCUGCCUUCGGUGGAGUGCCCAUGUCCGACCUGCCUCCAGAGGAGCCGCAACAUCACGGUGGCAGUCAUGGGCGGUGGCUUCCUGGACCGGAGCGAUGAGGGAGCUCUGCGCAAGCACUUUUGCCAGUGGGGCCAGAUCGAGACUGUUAUCUUCCCACGCCCAGCUCCCGGGUUCCAAAAUGGAUUCCAGGGCCAGAGGCCAACGUCCCGGGUAUACAUCACGUACGUAUUUCAACCCUUCCAGCUCGCAUCCCUUAACCCUAUCGUCUUGCUCUGUAUUGCUUCGAACUCAGCUGACCAGCGGCCUCUCAAAUUUAGAUACACGUCUGAUACUGUGCCUCCCGUGGUUGUCGAGGAGGCAAACGGACAGCUCUGCCCGGGAGUCCGCGGGGCUCUGCGAGUCCUCCAUCCACAAAACUCGAAGUACUUCACCGGCGUGAAGACGUCUCCCCGUCAUCCCUCCCAUGGCGGCCGACCUGCCGUGAGUGGCCCUGCGCCGCAGUAUCACCAACCCGGCCUUCCCAGCCUCGCCGGUAUCUUGUCACCGCCCUUGGAGUCCUCGAACCUCGCGAUUGGUGGAGGAAGCAUCGGCUCUCAUCCGCGACCGCUCCCGAUGCCUCCCAUGGUCCCGACCGGCCUCAACCAGGGUCUGCCGCAGUACCCACAGCUCAACAAUUCUGUGCGUCAGAUCGGAGAGCAUCUGGCUUUGACUGGUCCUGCGUCACUCCCUGCGCUGCCCCCGCGGCCGGGUGUCCCGAUGCUGCCGGCGCCUGGCUUUCCCGAGUCUGCAACAACACCGACCGCUGCUCAGCAUGAGGAGAAGCCGACCGAGACGAGCGAGGCGCAACAGCCCCGAGAGAAUCAGGACGAAGCAGAUGAGCAGAGCCAGCCAUCGGAGAAGCCACAGGAGAGCGGCGAGGCCCAAGAGACUGGCCAUCCGCCUUCUUCCGACGCUCAUGACAACCUGGCUGAGCAAGGCGAUAGGAAGGCGUCGCCUCCCGGCAUGCACCGCGGCCUAUCCGUGAUCAUUUCGGAGGACAAAGUCGCAACGCCGUCCCUCUCUACCGGAAACUCGACCAUCAUCAUGACGCCUGCUGGUUCUGACAAGAGCAACGACAGCAACACGCAGCCCGCCUCCCAGCUCGAGGUCCCACCUUUCGCCGAGGAGAACAGCGGCACCGUCGUGGUACACCGACGUGGGAAGCCCCAUGGCUCCAUUCCCAAGGAAUGGCGCACGGAUACCAGCGCCGCCGAGUCCAACCAUGCCGACGGGUACAUGGGCGAUUCGGAAGCCGCCAAGAGCUCCAUGAAGCCAUCCGAUGGCGGCCACGACAAGGAGGGAGACAAGGUGAAGCCCGCCAGCAAGAAGAAGGGCAACAACAAGAAGCCCAAGAACAAGACUCAGGAGGCUGGAAAGAACCCGCAGGGUGGACAAAACGCACAUGACGGGCAGGGCAUGUCCGCUACUGAUGGAUCUGCAGCCGGCAACGGCGCGGCCGGUUGCAAGAAGGUGGCAGCGAACAAAAAGAACAAGUCGGGGAAGUUUGCCAAGCGCGGCCACCAGGAGGACCUCACGUCUGAGGGCGCGAGGACCGAGAGCCGCGCCGCGACCACCAUCUCUUCGGGCCGGUCCACGCCUGCCUUCCCCCAUCGGGCAGACGAGCCACAGGGAGACAAGGCGCAGGGCAAGAAGAAGAGGAAGCAGCAGCAGCAGCAACAGUGGGCUCCCACUCCCACACCCGAGCCCGAGAGCAACAAGACGGACGAUGCCGUGAUCUCCAAGGCGCAGACUCCCGAGAAGGGCGGAGACGAGGGAGACGCCCAAGACGACCUGCUGGUGCGCAAGAACCGCGGCGGCGGCGGCGACCUCCUGUCCAUCUCGCCCUUCGCGGCGCAAAAGUACGAGAUCGAUAGGCUGCACGCGGGCGGCGACGGCGGCGGUGGCGGCGGCAGCAGCGCCCGCGAGCCAUCGUCGUCGUCCUCGACGCUGCGUGCCAAGUCUUGGAACAAGGCAAGCGGCGCGGCGAGCCUGGCGGCGGCGGGCACUGCCGACGGCGACAGCAAGCCCCGCCACAUGGUCCGCGGCGGCUCGACGCUCCCGCGCGGCUUCGACCCGUACCCGCGCAUCCCCACCGUCGCCGCCGUGCCGCGCACUGCUGCUACUCCCUCUUCCACCGGAGACAAGGCCACCGCCGCGGAGCCUGCUCUGGCGGCCAAGGGCAAGGCGGUCGAAGGCGGCGCAGACGAAGCGAAGCCUGCUGCCCAGCAGCCCCCCUCGCAGGCCAAGAACACGCCGCCGACGACGCCCGUCUCGUCGCCCAAGGCGUCGGACGCCGCCGCCAUCGCACGGAACGACGACGCUCUGCCGCCCUCGCCGCCCUCCAGCGUGAAAUGUCAGGCGGCGGCGCUCAACCCGACCGCGAAGCCCUUCGUGCUGUCAUCCCCGGUGGGUCCAUCGGACGGCGGCAAGAAGAAGAAGAACCGCAAGCAGAGCAACAAGGGCGGCGACAAGGGCGGAAGCGUCGCCGCGGCCGCGGCGCCGCAAAAGCAGCAGCGCGGCCGAAACUUUAUGGGGAUGAGGCUCUCGGGCUUUAGCAACUAUGGCACUCUCGCCUCCGGGUUCGAUGCCGGUAAUGUGUGGGAGGAGCGCGGCGGAGAGCAGCAGCAGCGGCAGCAGAUUGCGGACCACCAGAUCUACAAAUUCAACCACAAGGAGGCCCAAGUGGCGCCGAGCAGCGGGUCAGGCGUCACGACCGGGAUUGACAAGUAUCUGGGCAGCGCUGCAGGCGGCGGCGACAAUAGCGGCGAAGACGACAAGGGCGAGACGGAGAUGCCGGCCGCCGUGGACCAUGAUACUGCCGCGCAGCAGGAAGAGCAGCUGGGACAGCCGCUGCUGCCGGAGCAACAGAAGCAGCAACAGUCCGAUCAAGACAACGAGCAGCAGCAGCAAGAGGGAGAACAGCAGGACGGACAGGGCAUUGCCACGGCCGAGAGGGAUGGAGCCUACGAGACAGCCGCGGCCAAGAUGGCGGACUGGCAGCAGCAGCAGCACAAGACGCGCGCCCCGUCCGGCGGCUCCGCCAAGGCCCGGCCCGCGCCAGGCGCCGAGAGCGGCGAACACCACAGCCGUCCCCACCAGCGGACCGGCAGCGGCCGCAGCAGCAACAAAAACAAAACAACAACGGCCCGCCCACAGCAACAGCAGGCUCGGAACCCGCCCAUCUCACCUGCUUCGUCGACGACGCUGAGCACCGGCAGCGGCAGCGGCAGCGGCAGCAAGUCGGCCACGGCCACGGCCAUGGCGCACGGCGGCGGCAGCAUGAAGGGCAGCGUCGGCGGCGGCCCCCUGCGGCCCGACUCUCUCCCCGCGGCUGCGGCUGCGCCGGCCAAGCCGGCCGUCCGGGUGCACUCGUCCAUUGAGCUGGCCAAGGCGCUGAAGAAUCACAAGGCGCGCAUCAGCAGCAGCGGCGGCAGCAAGGCGUGAGAUGAUGCGAGAUUAGGAUAGGAAGCAGGUAUCUGAUUUUUUUUUGAUUUUUUUUCGGUGGACAAUGGUUAUCUUGAAGCGACUGGCAGCCGGAGGGUACUGUCCUCUCGGGUGCAGGAUAUGGAAUGGUGCUGCUUCGAGAGGAAAGAGAGCAGGACAGGAAUGGUUUCGGAGAGAGGCACAGAUGUUGUUGGCAGGGAGGGCACGGGAGACUGGAUGCCUUUGCAGCCGGGAU